AUGUUAAUAGUACAAGUAAGAACACCUAAAAUAAAGAUGGCAACACAUCGUACAUAAAACAGUUAACCUACUAUGCUAAAUUAUGGUAAUUUAAAUAGUUUCCAUGAAUUUUUUGUAAAUUAAUCAAGAAGUCUACAAAAAGGAGAAGGUACAAAUGAUAGUAGAUGUAAAACUGAAUCUACAUAAAUUGAAUUAAAAGCUAAUCAUGCUCAUAAAAUAUCAAGUUAAUCAACAACAAUAAGUUUAACCAACAGCACUAGUUAUAAUUAAAGAUUAUCAAAAAAAAAUUAAAAAUCUAACAGUAGUAAUAAAAUAAUAGAAAAAAUAUAACCAAAAUCUGUAAAUCCUUUUUAAGAGGAUGAAUGCACAGUUAAUCAAAAAUUAUAAUCUUAAUUAAAAAAAUUAUUAAUAAAAAGUAAGGAUAUCAUCAAUACCUAUGAAAUCAAUUAAAAAAAGUAAUAAAUAACAGAAUAAUAAUUAAAGUAAGAGAUUAUUCAACUAAAAAAGAUAAUAGAAUAUUAACAAAAACAACUCAAAAAACAUAAUAUAUAAUGUUGA